AGGAGAUUCUUUGACAAUGGGGGGUGAUGUCCAAGGAUGAGACCGCAUCCUGUCAAAACAGGAAAUGGAAAGCCCACUUCCGGCCGUUGAAAGUGUUGGCCGUGUUUCCUGUCACGUGGCCUGCUGGAAAUCCGAUCCCUGCGCGGUGCUAUCUAGUCCCGGGCUCGGAGGUGUCGCUCCGCCAGAAGCUGUGUGCCGGCUCGGUGCGUGGACGGGACGGACUUCCCAUAGCAGAGACGAGCAGAGCCGCCUCACUUCCUCACUCAGCCGCUCACCUGGGCGCCCUCCCCGGCUUGCGCCAUGGACCUGUUGACCACCGGCACCUCCGCGCUCCUUGUGGCCGCCUUCGCCCUCUCUUCCGCGGCUCUCAGUCACUUCGAUACGGAGUGUUACACGGCCAACGGAGAGGACUACAGGGGCUUCCAGAACCAGACUAGCCUGCAUGGCGGGAAACCAUGUCUCUUCUGGAACCAGACCUUCCAGCACCCCUACAACACGCUCAAGUACCCCAACGGCGAGGGCGGCCUGGGCAGCCACAACUACUGCAGGAACCCGGACGGGGACGUCCAGCCGUGGUGCUACAUCGCCGACCACGAAGACGGAAUCUACUGGCGAUACUGCGACAUCCCAACUUGCCAGAUGCCGGGUAACUUGGGCUGCUUCCGAGACAGCGGCGACCCCCCCGCCCUUUCUGGCGCCACCGAGACGUCCAACAAGCUCACCAUCCAGAACUGCAUCAGCUUCUGCAGGAAGCAGCGAUAUAAGCUUGCCGGCAUGGAGUCGGGGUACGCCUGUUUCUGCGGCAACAACGUGGACCUGCAGGACCACGGCGAGUCCCCCGGCAUGGAGUGUAACCACGUUUGCUUCGGCGACCACACGCAGCCAUGCGGCGGAGACGGCUGGGUCAUCGUCUUCGACACCCGGGUGGGGUCCUGCGGGGGGAACUACACCUCCCCGUCCGGAGUCAUCUACUCACCUGACUUUCCGGACAAAUAUGGAGCCAGUCGUGUUUGCUACUGGACCGUGCAGGUGCCGGGAUCUUCCGCCAUCCUGUUCAACUUCACCUUCUUCGACAUUUCGGAUCAGACCGACAUGGUGGAGCUACUGGACGGCUACACCAACCAGGUGGUGGCGCGCUUUGACUGGGGAAGCUCCCCGAGGGAGGUGGUCAACAUCACUGGAGACUUUGUCAUCGUUUACUUCUACUCGGAUCGCACCAACCAAGCCCAGGGUUUCGCUCUGCUCUACCAAGCACUGACAACUCACAAAGACGACGACGACGCCAGCGAGACGACGGAGGAUGAAGACGAGGGCUUCCCCAGCACGGCGGAACCCCCCCAAACGCCCCACACCGUCACCAACGGGUCCAACCUCACCUCCAAAGGACGCUCCUCACAGAUCCUCUACGUCAUCACGUCCAGCCCCGGCAAACCGGACCACAAAAUGCCAGUGUGGACCAUCUACGCCCUGGCUGCCCUCCUCGUCCUCACCGUGGUGGCCAUGCUGGCCAAGCUGCUGCUGCACGUCACCCUCAAGUCCCCCGGCGUCCCCGCGGUGAGUGGCUCGGACGGCUGCAGCCAGAACGCAGCGGCGUCGGAGCCUUGGAUCAUCCUGUACCGCCCCUCCACCAUCUCCCUCUUCAAGAAGAAGCUAAAGAACCACCACGGUGACCUCAGCCCCCUGGUGGGCAACUAGCGGCACGGCUGCCUUGUCGGGACCGAACGUGAGCCACGACACCGCCCAGCGGCUGUCACGGAAGCGCCCUCGGAUAACGGAACGCUUAGCUGACUAGCGGCGGGCCCUCGCCGUCCUGCGGAGGGACGGGGGGCGGGGCUGACUCUGCACGGCGGGAAGCCUCCUGGCGGCGACUCCUUCAUUCUCAUUGGGACUCGGCAUCCCUUCUUCUUUGUGUGUGGCGUUCAAGUGCCUUAGGGAUCUCCCGGUCCCUCUUGGACUGCAGUGAAAGGAUCCCAGAUGCGAAUGUUUUUGUAGUCUGAUGAAAUGAGGCGUUCAAGGACCUUCGGUUGAUUUCUCUUACUGAACAUAUUGUUCACUUUAGCUGUGACGGGUUGGGGUUGGGAGGUGGGGGUCCCUGUUGUAUUAUAUGUAAUUCUGCCGUGAUGUGUGGACAAAAGUAUUGGGACACCUGGCAGUGCAGGAUGUGAAGAGGUAGCUGAGGUCCAAUCAUUUGGAGUGCAUGAGAAAGCGGAAGGCUAACACAGCGACAUUUCAAAGCGCAUGCAGAGCCAGAUAAAACACAACACAAAAACAUAAACAUAAGACACAAAAUACAUCUACCAUUUUGAACAUGAUGAUGAAAACGCAGUUUCCCGAUACUUUAGCGCCGCCGUUGUUUUGCGUGUCGACCCGUCAAAAAGCCGAAAGGUUCCUUGCCGUGUCUUUUGCUCAUCAGCUGCCCCCAGAAGGUUCUACGUUUUUGGUCAAACGUCUACUCUUACGCUCCCUGCCUGUCUUCUUGCAUUUCAGGUCCAAACGCACUUAGAAAGAAUCCAAAAUCAAGUACUUCCAACGACCCGAGCACUUGAACGCAGUAGCAAAGUCAUUCCUGUGUCCUUCUCCCAAACGUUGAUUAGCGGCACGGUUUUACAGCCAUGCAGCAAGUUUAGACUCCACUAGACGUGUUCAGGCUCCUCUCACACAGUCGGACAUUUCCCUUCUGUCUCGCUCUUAUCUCCAAACCACACACAGUCCACCUUUGGGGGCGGGGCCAGAGGCGGGGCUUCUGUGUGCAAUUGUCCACCUUGGAAUGUUGUAUCAAAGCGGUAACACGCAUGCGCAGGUGUGAAUUCCACAUGCGUACUUUGUUCUGUGUACAACAGAACUAUCGAUAUCUAUACAAACAUCAUUUAACAAGAAAACGACUAUUAAUAAUAACAACAGCAACAAACAGUCAUUUCACAAGAAUUAAGUCAAAAUAUUAAAACAAGAAAAAGUUGUAUUUUUGCAAGAGUAAAUAAUAUUAGAAAUAAUAUUGUGGGGAAAAGUAAAAUUGAAAUUAAAUUCAUUCAUUCAAAAUAACGAAUGAAGUUGGAAUUUUUUGAAAAUUAGGUUGGGGGUGAUAAUAUUAUGGGAAUUAAGUGUGAAUAUUACGAGAAGAAAAUGUACUAAGAUUGUUGAAUAAUUAACUCAAAAUAUUCUGAAAAUGAAAAAUACAAUAACAGCAAAAAUUUAAAAAUCUGCUGUCAUUUUUAUGAGAAUAAAGUUCAAGUAGGAGAAUUAAUGUGUAAUAUGAGGAAAAAUAUCAUUUUUGUAGCAUAAAAUUUGAAUCUUCCAGAAAUUUUUGAAGGAAAACAAAAUUUAUGGAAAAACAAAAUAAAGUAAUUCUAGUAAGCUUAGGUUUUGACAAAUAAUUGCAAGAUUUUGCAGCCUCAGCGUUUGUGACUUGCUGCCUGCCACUUUCUGCGCUUGAGUCAACAACGGCACGGCCGGUGGAACCGUGGAGCCGAGUUACCCGGGAUGUGAAAAAGGGACAAAAGAGGACUAAAAAUGCCAAUGAGCAAAUGAAGCAGUCCAGGCUGUGGUUGGUUUUGGAGCCUCGUUAUGCAAACAUCCCGGCACGCCGUGAGAUGAGCAGCAGUGGGAGGCGACGUGGACAAGCCCCGUCACUUUUGGCUUCUGUGGUCAUGAAACGUGUGUACAUAGCAGAAAUAAUGAGAUUUAUAAUUUAUACACUAAAUUAUUCUUCUUUUCUAUGUGAGUCUUUUUGUACAAUUCCAGUACCUGCUUGGUUUUA